GAUUGCAACUUGCUCGACAGGACAAUUAUCCGUACAGUCAUCGCUUGCCGAAAUAAUCCUCGACAGACGUUAAUCUUUGCCAGAUGAAUCUCAUCCGUUUGCGCGAUUUCGAACCUUGGAUAUCCGCCGGCAAUUACAAGCCAAUUAGAAAACCGCGAAGAGGUUCCUCGGCGAUGUUACUUUCGAAAUGAAAACAAGUCGAGCUGAGAGGAUACGCUGUUUACAUAGUGUUCCUCGCGCAUUCCGGCACGCACGCGGAGACCUUGAAGAGGCGUCUAACGCGUGUCUAACCGUGUAUGCAUAUACAUAGAUUUUCAUAAUCGCGUCGUUGUUUUUCGUGUCACCUACACAGUCGUAGAACGCGGAAACCGAGACCUUGAGGAGAAAUCACACGGCGCGCAUCGGCUCUCGCUCCUCUUCUCACAAUAAGUCAUUCCGCCUGCACGAUGACGUCAACUGUCAAAAGCUGCGAUCACGGCCAUAGAUUUCAUAAUGAUCACUUUCUACUUUCGAGCGACGAGACCGGUUCACCGUUCAUCAUCCUUGGGUAUAGCUUUAGAUGUACUAUUUUCAACCACGUGUCAAUGACACUUGACCCUCGCGGCGUGAACGCGAUCUCACGAUCGGAUUGAUUAUUUUUAUAGACGAAAUUUCGCUCGAAAAUCGAGAGUACUGACGUAUCGUGAUUGCGGAGAGAGAUUUCAAUUAUAUCAAAUCUGAAAAAAAAAAAAAUUUACAGGACGGGGAUGAGACUCAUCGCGGUGAUCCUCGUCGUCGCUUUCUCCGGUGCAGCGGUGGGCCAGGAUUUCGGCGGUCACGCGCUCUUCGUGAGAACCCCGGACGCGGAUCCCGCUCGCUCGAGAGUCCAACGGGCUGCUGCCCCAUCAUCGCCGGCAGACGUGAUGGCGCAAAAUAUCCUAGAGUGGAUUCAGGGGAUCUACCAGCAGGGCGCACGUAAAACUCGCCAGCAAUCGGACUCAAAUGCGUACUUGCCGCCGUUCAGCACCCAACGACCGCCCGAGAAACCCCGGCCCUUCCAGCCAUCGGGGGUGACGAGUUUUCCAGUUCAGAGGCCGUCGUCGCUCUACACCCCGCCGAACACUAGCGGUUACCCGGGUUCCAUACAGCCCUUGUACUCCACCCCGAGACCGAGCUUUCCCAGCAGCCAGCAACCUUCGUCAACGUAUGUGCCGCCAAGUUUCGGCGGCUCCACGUCCUACAACCCUCGGCCGAGUCAACCCUCAUACUCUAACGCGGGCUCGUCGGCCUUCCCGCCGCUGAACGCCCCGGAAUCGUCGAGUACUUACCUUUCGCCGCAAGCGCCAUCCUUCCCGUCGACCAGUCCGAGACCAUCUCUGCCAGGGUCCACGAGUGGCGGCGAUGGAUUUUCGGGCAACAGCUACCAAUCUUCCGGCGGUGUUGGCAGCACUGCGGGAGGAUACUCGUCAGGAGGUAGCCCUGGAACAUUACAACCGCCGGUUACAGGCGGAUACUCGACUCCAGGUGGCUUCUCCACGUCAUACGGCUACCCAUCGGAGCGGCCCACACCGGGUUUUCCCACCCCUGGCGAGGGUGGUGGAGGAUAUCCCAGUUCAGGUUAUCCCCCAAGCGGGGGAUCUACUUCGACUGGAUAUGCACCCUCCACCCCUGGACCGUUCCCUCCCUUCACUACACCAGGUGAAGCCGGCACUGGUACUGCUGUACCAGGAGUUCCCGAAACUGGAACUCCAGCCACUACUUCAGGAGAAACUACUGGAGUCGCCGCGGAUGACGAUCUCAAUCAUCCCCCGCAUAUUCAUAGUCUCGAUGUCGAGUGCAGUAAAACCAUGAUGACGAUCAAUAUCGAAUUCAAUCGCGCUUUCGACGGCCUUAUUUAUUCUAAGGGAUUCUAUAUGAACCCGGAAUGCAGGUAUGUGGAACAGAACUCGGGCCAAACGAAAUAUUCCUUUACCGUGAGUUUAGACUCGUGCGGAACUCAAUUCAUCAAUGACUUCGAGGGUGAAGCCGGUCAAGCUUACUUGGAGAACGUUCUUGUAUUGCAGAACGAACCGGGUAUACAAGAAGUCUGGGAUACAGUGCGAAGAGUACGAUGCCUCUGGGAAGGAAACAUUAACAAAGCCCUAACAGUAAACUUCUCAGUGGACAUGUUGAACCAGGAGAUCGUUACCUUUAGUGGCGAUACGGCUACAGCCAAACUGGAUAUUCAAAUCGGUAGAGGACCUUUCGCACCUGCAGCCGAUGGACUAGUAAAGAUCGGAGAGACAAUGACCUUAGUCGUCUCCGUGGAAGGCGAUCCUGGCUUCGAUCUUCAGGUGCGCGAUUGUGUGGCGCGAGAUGAGGCCUCGACCAACAUGCUGCAGCUCACCGACGAAAGAGGCUGCAUCUUGAAGCCGAAGCUAUUCGGUGCCUUCCAGAAGACAAACGAUACCGGAAGUACAGGCGCUUCUAUCAUUGCUUACGCGUUCUUCCAAGCUUUUAAAUUCCCUGACGUUAUGGACCUAUUCAUCGAGUGCAAUGUCGAGCUAUGUAAAACGGAUUGCGAGCCCUGUCCAGAAGGCGAUCAACAAAUCGAACCAGGUAGACGUCGUCGAUCGGUAAUGUACACAUCUACAAACACUUCCACGAACCCGGUUUUGCUAUCGGACCCGGUUCGUGUCGGACGUCGUUUCAAAGUGAUCAUGCUAGACGACUUAAGCACAGCGUCCAGCCAGGUCUUGGAGAGCAUGGAGGAAACGGCCGUCGAGACGAUGAUAAAGGAGAAAGAUGUUUGCAUGAGCAACGGUGGCUUUUACACGACUUUCUCUCUUAUGUUGAGCACGCUCUCCGUCGCGAUCAUAAGCGCGGCUGUGUUUUAUAUUAAAUUGCAACGGAUUCGUAGAACAAAAUUUGUGGAUUCGUAGGAGGAUAUUAUUUACAACACCUCGAUAGUUACUAUCGUAACAUUAGGAAAGGAGUUGCGUAGCAAACGAUAAACGCGUGCCAGUAAUCAAAUAAUGCUUAAGCGAACAUUACCCUUCAUCGCUUCGUAAUCAUUUUUCCUGCCAAGGAAUUGAUAGAGAAACGCCGAAGAAAAAAGUAUACACCGAAAUGUCUGGAACAAUUGUUAUUACAAUUAUGACAAAUUGAGACAAUUUUUUUUUUUUUUAAUUCGUUGUUUCCGUAUAUUAAUUCCGUAAAUUAAUUUUGAUACAAUUAAUUUUUUUACCAGAACAUGAUAAAUUUAUUUUACUCGACAGGGGUGUGCAGCCAUAUUUUACAUAUCAGUUUACGAAUAUAAUCUAACAAACUACUCGUGUAAUCCUCGGAUAACGGUAGUGCUCAUUUUGCGUAACAUUGAAUACCGAUACGAUAUGGUAUUUAUUGCAUACUUCGAUGACAAUGUAGAUCUUAAGGAUUUUAAAUAAAUUAUGAUAUUUGUAAAAAAAAGCUGUCUCGUUAUCAUUAUCCUCUUUUACGAAAGUACACGAUCGUUAUUUCUUAAUUCCUAAAGAUGGAAUAAAAAUAUAUGGAUAAGGAAUUAUAUUAUAUUUCUAGGGAAUAUAAUAUAAUAUUAUAUUAAUUGUAAUUUUUUAUGGUACAUAAU